CGAUGUCCCAAAACGGUGGUCAUCGCGUUGAAUGCGAAUAUGUUCAGGUCUCAAUCUCCACGAUAAGGCGUGAAGAGCUAACAAGCAAUUUUAUAUCUCCACACUGUGCGUUGAACUGUUUAGCAGACAUGGCGAUCCGAGAGUUGUGCUAGGAUAUAAACAGUAGGCGUGUCUCUACAGCUCCGCCACUCUUCUUCAAUGCGCUUCAGUUUUCUGGUCCUCGAAGCUGUAUUAACAUGUCCGACCAAACACAUGCCGAAGAAGGGCGAGCCCAUGGCUCUUACUCGACGCGAGGUGGUUCUUCCACGAAACCACUACAUUCUCAGGAUGACGAGAAGGGAAUCAAGCACCAAUCACGAAACUGGCGGAACUUCUUCGAUGGCGACGCUGAGUACAACCCAAACCAGGAGUUCGUAUAUCCACCACCACCAGAGCGAAAAAGCGAGCUUCAGGUCUUCCAAAAUCUCGUCGGCAUCCACUUCCUAAGAGAAGGUGGUGGUCUGUUGUAUCCGGCUCAUCAAAAAGUUCUUGGCCAGCAGCGACCGGUUUCUGCAAUGACUGAUAUCUUCUUUGCCUCCAAAGCUGCUCACGAAAGAUUUCGCAAUCGUGGUCUGUACAACAGAUGUCUGGCCCAGGAUCAAAAGAAUCGAGUCAUGUAUGGGCUCUCGAACUACGUAAUCACCUUCCUCUACCUGCUUCAAAUUCUCAUCGCCGCAGCAAUCACUGGUCUAUCAGCCACUCAGACUGGUGAAACCGCACUGACGGUGCUGGGUGCCAUCAACACUGUUCUUGCGGGUGUUCUUGCGUGGCUCAACGGUCAAGGUAUGCCCACACGAUUCAGACGUGCAAGAGACCAAUACCGCGAAGUCGUCAAGGCGAUCGAAGCUGCAGAGAGGACUUUCGCCGAAAUCAACUACCGGGAGUGGGAAGGCGACUCCCGACCAGACCCAUUUGCAGUGCGAGACAGACUGGAACAACUAUACGAAGACGCAAGAGCCGAUCAAGAAUCGAACUACCCGGACACUCAAGAAGGCCCAAAUAAGAAUCAGAUGGAGAACACGAAGCGCGUAAUGGAGGAUCAGAUCCGACAACAUCAGACCGAAAAGAACAAGCAGGCAGAUGAGCUCAAGCGUCUGCAGAAGGAGAUUCAGAGCUCAACAGACUGGAGCAAAGAGCGGGAAGACGCCAUACAACGAGACUUCGACGAAAAGGAAGCGCAACUCCGAGACGUGUUGGCGCGUGAAAGGGAAAAGGUAGAGAAGGCCACAGAAGCGAUACGAAACCUGAGACCAGAAAUCCUGGGUCGAUUGAAGGAGAGCAUGACGAGACGUGGUGGCCCGACAUCUGCACAAGACCAAACAGACACGACAACCUCGGAAGUCGCAGACAUGGAUGAACAAUCUACCCCCACAACGAGAGGCAAAGCUGCGCCACCCAGUCCUUCGAUGCCUGAGGAAGUCCAUAUAGCGCCGAUGAGCUUAUCUAGUCCAUCGCUACAGGCGAGUAGAGAAUCGCAUCUUCAGAUCCUGAACCGAAGGCGCCGCGAGGAAGAAGCACGUAAAGCAGAAGAGUAGGGAAUGUAGAUAGGGCCAUGAGCGUCGCAAAACUCGUGUGUUGCUACCAAGCCGUAAGACCUCAAUAUAUUAAAACUGCUUUUCGUGACUCGUUUUGCCGGGUCUCACUGGAUUCGGACACAUUUCACCGCCUUCCUAGAUUUGAUGUCUUUAAACGCGCGUUUAUAGUCGUUAGCUUUAUAGAUGGUAGUCAUCUUCCUUAUAGAAAGGUAUGCUUUCU